AAGGUUGAGGUGGUCAAAGCCCAGCAAAAGUCACCGUGGAGUCAGGGUCAGGAUCAGGGUCAGGGUCAGGGUCAGGGUCAAGGUUGACGGCCCAAAAAAAAGGCGGUGGACCAUGGCCAUGGCUGUCCCCGCAGUAGUAGUACGAGUAUCCUGGCAGCGUCCUGCAGAAACGCCAACCAGGCUUCGCGUUCUCACGUGUCCGGUAAGGGCACGGAACUGCACUGCACUGCACUGCAGGGCGAGGCAGGCGAGGCAGGCAGACAGGCAGGCAGGCACACUGGAAGCUGCUACCAGGUGGCUGGGAAUAAUAAUGCCCAAGAUCCUUGGAACAGAAGCCCACGCCCACGCCCACGCCCAAGCCCAAACUCAGCCGAGGAUCUGCCAGAUAACCUGAAAGUAAGCACACGAGGCACAACAGCAUCGCAUCUGAAGCAGCCCACCAAGGAGAGGAGCCACGGUGAGCUGAGUUGAGUCGGACCCUGUUUGCUUUUCCCCUCUCUGUGUCUGCAGACCAUUUUGAUCAGAAACCAACAUGUCUUCUGACUGGGCUGCGACAUGAAAAUGAAAGCAAGAGAAAACGAAAGAGGCGUUUGCUGCGAGCGUUGUUUGCUUCCAACCCAUGCAAUACGGCUGUCGACCUCCUAGGCGGUCAGGCUGAGGUUGACCAGUAGAGUAGAGAGACUCCUCUCCUCCAUGGCUAUGGCUGACUUGAUACUCUCACCGAGCGAGUAUUGAGAGCUCUGUGCCAAAUGUUGGAGCUCCUGCUGAAUGGACUGAAAGUGAGCCUUGUACUCAGCAAAGAGAGCCUUGUUGAAUCCUGACGUGGCCUGGAUACGGGUCUUCCUUUCAGCUGCUUGCGCUGCACUGCAAGUGCCUGCACUUCCUUCCUUCACACCACAUCUAUCUACCUUUACCUUUACCUUACUCGUAUCUCUCCAAGGUUGGCAGACAUAGGGAUCAGCUUCAGAAAUCCCAUCUAUCCAAGACUUCUUCCUAAAGCAAGUGCUGCUUCAAUCGCCAACAUUUCGGUUGACAUGUGGUGCGGAUUUCUAUUCUCUCACCUUACUUAUUAUACCUUACUGUACCUUGGUGUCUGGAGGUCUCCUUCCAAUGAUCUCAUCCCAUGCCAUCCUGACCAUCCUGGCGUGGGAAUUCCCCGGACGUCGCGCACCGCAGCAUCCCUUGGUCAUAUUAUAACCUUAUCCCCGGACUGAGCUCUCAGUUACCUUUAUGUCCCCACUACUCGUACUCCAACGGUCCAAACCCCUCAAACCCCUCAAAACCCGCAGACACCGCAAACCCCCAAUUGUUAAUCCAGAUACGAGUGCCUACAUUAAGUAGAUUUACGUAUGGGAAUUAUUAAUGCGUCAAAUAUAGCCCAGAAAAUCUCCAUCCCAACCCCAUGCCCUGUAAGAAUCGGACAUCGGGAGCACAUCGCAGUCCGUCCGCCUGCCAUUCGCAGCACUAGAUUGCCUGCUGCACCAAUGAAGCGAUGGCCCGACACAGCUAUUCCUUGCAUGAUCUUGAAAGGGUACCAAUAGCAACAAGGCGGCCGAACCAUUGUCGAAGAAAGUCCAGACCUGGGGAAAGUAAGAAUAUAAGCCUCGAGCACUCUCCACAGUCCAAAGCUUAAGUCACAACUGCUCGGAUUUCAUUCGCAUUUGUGGAAAGCCCAGACCUUGCGCGUCGUCGUCGUCCUCAUUACCAGCGUCUUCCACAUUGAAGGCAACCGCAUUCCUUGGUGCGCGCUGUAGUGUACUGGCAUAUCUAGGUACACAGCACGAAGUCCUGCCCUCGUCUCGUCUUCUACCCUGUCCGUACAAACGAGCACCCAAACAAAGCAAAGUGCUCAGAAAUAUAAUGGCGCAUUCCCAGGUAGAGCAGCAGCCGCAAUUGAGCGAGUCAAGGUCAACAACAGUGACCGAGACCACAAUGGAAGACACCAAGAGAGAAGCUGCAGAUGCCACUGGGGCCACCAAGCCCCCAAACACCUCUCAAGAUAUAUCUGGCGCGCCAACAGAAACAGAUAAGAAGGAAGAAGUGGUAAUGACGGAGAAGGAAGCACAAGCCAAGAAAGAUGCAGAGGAAGAUCUGCAAUAUCCACAUGGGUUGAAGCUCUGGAUUAUCCUGGGCGCGUUGUGUCUGGCAGUGUUCCUAGUGGCGCUGGACCAGACUAUCAUCUCGACAGCCAUCCCAAAGAUUACGGAUAGAUUUAAGAGUAUUCAGGAUAUUGGAUGGUAUGGAUCAUCAUAUCUCCUCACGGCAACCGCACUACAGCCAACUUUUGGACGGAUAUACACAAUUUUUGAUAUCAAGUACACUUUCAUGAGCGCUAUAAUAAUCUUUGAAAUUGGCUCUCUCGUCUGCGCAACAGCACCAUCAAGCAAUGCCUUAAUUGUGGGAAGAGCCGUAGCUGGUAUGGGUGUUGGUGGACUGUUCUCAGGAGCAGUCGUAAUUCUAGCUUACUGCUUACCGCUCAGAAAGAGACCGGCGGCAUUUGGCCUAAUUGGAGGUAUGUGGGGAAUUGCAUCUGUAGCUGGUCCGCUUCUAGGGGGUGUUUUCACCGAUAAGAUCUCAUGGCGAUGGUGUUUCUAUAUCAACCUUCCAAUCGGCGCCGUCUCCUUAGUUGUAAUCUACUUCUUCCUGCGUAUCACCCGAGACAACAACCCCGAGAACCUCAGCAUCAAACAACGAGUCCUCAAACUCGAUCUAAUUGGCGCAUCCAUUCUCGUCCCCGCCGUGAUCUGUCUCCUCCUUGCCCUCCAAUGGGGCGGUUCCACCUACCCUUGGAACAACUCUCGCAUUAUCGGACUGUUCGUUGGGUUUGGGCUGUUGACCAUCAUUUUCGUGUAUACACAGAUCCGACUUGGUGAUCGGGGAACCUUACCUCCGCGGCUGUUCAAGAACAGGAAUGUGGCGUUUGCAUUGGCUUUUGCUCUAUUCUUUGGUGCCGGAUUCUUCGCCAUCAUCUUCUACCUCGCCAUCUACUUCCAAUCAGUAAAAGGCUCCAGCGCAACCAAGGCCGGCAUUCAACUCCUCCCCCUCCUAAUCAGCACCGUCGUCUCCUCCAUUGUAACAGGCGGUCUCAUCACGGCCAUCGGGUAUUACGUCCCCGUAAUGCUCUUCUGCAUGGUCCUAUAUGCCAUCGGCGCCGGUCUAAUCACAACAUUCGACACACACACCCCCUUCGCAAAAUGGUUCGGUUACCAGAUCAUCACCGGCGCCGGCAUAGGAGUCGGCUUUCAAGGCGGCAUAGUCGUAGUGCAAACCGUCCUCCCCCUCGCCGACGUCCCCGUCGCCACCGCCUGCGUCUCCUUCUUCCAAACCCUUGGCGGCGCACUCUUCAUCGCCGUCGCUCAAACCCUCUUCCAAAACGGCCUGCUGACCGGCAUCGAGAAAUACGCGCCUACCCUCCCCGCACAGCUCUUCCUGAAGAGCGGCGCGACACAGAUUCGCGAGCUUUUGAGAGAGCUGGGCCAGGAGAACGAGCUGGAGAAUGUGUUGAGGGCGUAUGUGGAUGGGCUGAAGGGCACGUUCUGGAUCACCGCGGCGUGUGCGAUUGUGGCGUUCUUCUGUUGUGUGGGGUUGGAGUGGAGGAGUGUGAAGGAUGGGCAUGGGCAGGAGAAGGAGGCUGAGGGCGAGGAUGUGGAGAAGAAAGGGGAGGAGGGGAAGAUUGAAGAUACCAAAGAUGAGGAAGUAGUGAGGGAGAAGGAUGAGACGAAAGUCUAGGAUUUCAGAAAUUCUAGAACUGAGGGUUUUCGAAGGAACGGAAACGCAAAGAAGAAAAAAAAGAGAAGGAAUGGAUAGAUAUCUGGGUGUUUUGGCUAUUGCACUGUACCAUAAGGAUCUACUCUCUGCUCAGUCCAGAGUACUUUACACAAUUAUUACUGCAUUCACAUGUAUCUUAGCAUAAGCCUUGUAAUAAGAAUUUUACGAAUUCAAGAUAUUGAUAC